CGGUGUUUGGCUCAGUGGUUUGGCACGUUUUGACGCGGGUAGCUUGAUGCGACGCAACACCGGCUGUCACGUAACAGCAAAACAGUCAAGGUUACCGAACGAGAGCUCCCGGUGCACACAUGGCUUGGUCACUCGGCGUGUGACAAGAUGCACAUCGCGGAUUUCUUGUCUGGAUCGGCUGCAGGGGCAUGUGGAGUCGCUGUGGGCUUCCCUCUGGACACUGUGAAGGUCAGGAUCCAAACUCAGAAGCAGUUCACUGGAGUGUAUCAGUGUGCAGUGGAGACGUUAUCAAAAGAAGGGGUGCAUGGCUUCUUCAAAGGCAUGUCCUUACCCCUGACCACGGUCUCUCUGACCUCCUCGGUAGUGUUUGGCACCUACAGGAACUGCCUGCAGUGUAUGAAGCAGGCCAGGGGAGCUGACAGGAGCCCAAGCACCAAACUGGAGGUCUUCUUGGCUGGGCUGGCUGGAGGCGUAGCUCAGACGUCAGUGAUGUCCCCGGGUGACAUAGUGAAAGUCCGUCUGCAGUGUCAGACGGAGUCGAUGCGGGAAGGAGCCGGGAAGCUCAGACCAAAGUACCACGGACCGGUUCACUGCCUGCUCAGCAUCGUCAAAGAGGAGGGCUUCAGGGGGCUCUACAGAGGAGCCCUGCCGCUCAUGCUGAGGGACGGCCCGUCGUACGCCACUUACUUUCUGACCUACGCGACCGUGUCGGAAUGGAUGUCAGGUGGCAGCAAUGAGAAAUUACACUGGAGUGGUGUGAUGCUGGCCGGCGGAGUGGCGGGAAUAGCCGGAUGGACCGUGGGAACGCCCAUGGAUGUGAUAAAGGCCCGCCUGCAGAUGGACGGCGCGCGAGGCCUGAAGCGGUACAGGGGCUUUUUCCACUGCAUCGUGGAGACGGCGAGAGCCGACGGGGCUGCGGUUUUCUUCAGGAGCCUGGGCAUCAACUGUCUGCGCGCGUUCCCGGUCAACAUGGUGGUGUUUUUCACCUACGAGGUCCUCACUGCUUUUCUUCAAACCGCACCGGAUAGAGUCGACUCGCCUCACAUAGGACUGGAGUAGGAGAGACUGCGCUCGUUCCCGGUCCUGCUGCCGUUUUCCAGGAGGGAUUGUUUGCACAGUGAAGCUGUUACAUAUCAUACUUCCAUAAAAAUGCAUCAGAUAUCAAGUGGCCGGGAAAAGCAAUGCUGGAAGCAGAUUGUACAUUUCUCCGUCUGACCACUAGGUGGCCUCCCUGACCUGAUUGUUACAGCAUAGUCUGUUAACUGUGUUCUCCUGCAGAACAGUGCAUCAAAUAUCUUCUAUAAAGUGAGACAUAUUUUACUUCAUGCAGAACCAAUAAGGAUCUGGAAUCGGCCGCUGUGCGCACAGUUAGGAGAAGCCGAGCUGUCCGUCCCCAUACAAGCAGCCUGCUUCACUUCCGCCGCUUCUUUGCAAACAGAAUGUUACAAGCGACUCAAACAUAUUGAAAUACUCUCAUAAACUCAUGUAUGAAAUCAGUUAAAAUAAUUUUUUUUUCAUUUGGACAAGUGGAG